GCAGUCAGUGCAGGCAGAGCAGGACACUCUGUGGGGGAACUUUGUUACUAUGAAACUUAGAAAUAUUUACUAUAUAGUGUUAAAAUUAUCAAUAUCCCUCGCAAAUCAAUAACCUGCCCCCGGGGUUGGAGUUUUUUAGUUUAGUUUGCCCGGAAAGGGCCUCUAAACUCACUAUUCUUACACUUUUUUGAAAGAAUGUGUGAGACAGACAGUUAGCCAGCUAGCCGCUAGCUAGCUAGUUGAGAGGUGAUACAGGCGGUAGGGAGAACAAAAGAUUUUUUUGCGUUUUGGCCGGUUGUACUGACACCAAGUCCAUGCAGAACGUGUCAUACCAUCACAAUGCCCGUUUUACUUUUUCUGAUAGACACGUCCGCUUCAAUGAACCAGCGCACCCAUCUGGGCACUACCUAUCUGGACAUAGCAAAAGGCGCUGUUGAGACUUUUAUGAAGCUCAGAGGCAGAGAUCCGGCGAGCCGCGGGGACCGGUAUAUGUUGGUAAAUUUUGAAGAGGUUCCGUUCGGGAUUAAGGCCGGAUGGAAGGAAAGCCAUGCCACUUUUAUGACAGAAUUGAGGAAUCUCCAGGCAAACGGACUCACUACUAUUGGCCAUUCACUGAGGACGUCUUUUGAUUUACUCAAUCUCAAUAGAUUAGUGACUGGAAUAGACAACUAUGGACAGGGAAGAAAUCCAUUUUUCCUUGAACCUGCCAUCAUCAUCGCCAUCACCGACGGCAACAAGCUGACGAGCACCGGAGGAGUCCAAGACGAGUUGCACUUGCCCCUGACCACUCCUCUGCCCGGCUCAGAGCUGACCAAAGAGCCUUUUCGAUGGGACCAGCGUCUGUUUGCUCUGGUGCUGAGGAUCCCUGGGGUGUCAUCUGUGGAGCCAGAGCCAUUGGGUGGGGUCCCCUCUGAUGACUCACCCAUCACCCCCAUGUGUGAGGUCACUGGAGGUCGUUCGUACAGCGUGUUCUCCCAGCGCAUGUUAAACCAGUGUCUGGAGUCUUUAGUCCAGAAGAUUCAGAGCGGAGUCGUCAUAAACUUUGAGAAAACGGGACCAGAUCCUCCCCCACUCGAAGAUGCCCCUGUAGAGCCAGUGAAGCCCGGCCCUCAGCCCUGGCAUUGCUGUCACAAACUCAUCUACGUUCGACCAAACCCCAAAACUGGAGUCCCCAUCGGACACUGGCCCAUCCCAGAGGCCUUCUGGCCCGACCAGAACUCUCCCACUCUCCCCCCUCGCUCGGCCCACCCUCAUGUCCGUUUCUCGUGCCUGGACGCUGAGCCAAUGGUCAUUGACAAAGUCCCGUUUGACAAAUAUGAACUGGAACCGUCGCCGCUCACACAGUUUAUACUGGAGAGGAAGUCCCCACACACCUGCUGGCAGGUGUUUGUGUGCAACAGUGCCAAAUACAGUGACCUGGGCCAACCCUUCGGAUACCUGAAGGCCAGCACUGCCCUCAACUGUGUCAACCUGUUUGUGAUGCCCUACAACUACCCUGUGCUGCUGCCACUGCUCGAUGACUUGAUAAAAGUGCACAAAUUUAAGCCAACUUUAAAAUGGCGACAAUCCUUUGAAAAUUACUUGAAAACGAUGCCUCCGUAUUAUAUUGGGUCAUUGAAAAAAGCGCUAAGAAUUAUGGGCGCUCCAAACCUGUUAGCUGACAACAUGGAGUAUGGCUUGAGCUACAGUGUGGUGUCCUACCUGAAAAAACUUAGCCAACAGACUAAGAUUGAGUACGAUCGUUUGAUCGCGUCCAUUGGUAAGAAGCCCCCUCUGGAGGCCGCCAUUAAGGUGCGGUGGAGGGGAGGGGGCGUGUCUUUGGCCCAGAGACGGGACUUCAUUCAGCAGCUGCACAGUCUGACCGGAGACUGUCCUCUGCCCAUGGAGCUCAACCCCAAAGAGUACCAGGGCUUCCAGCUCGCUCUGCUCAACAAGGGUUUGAAGCCCCAGAGUUUCAGAAAUCCAUACGACAUCCCACGCUCUCACCUCCUGGACCAGCUGAGCCGCAUGAGGAGGAACAUCCUGAAGACAAACUGCACAUUGAGAGGACACGACUCUGACCAGCUCCACAGUGUUCCGAUCGCUCAGAUGGGGAAUUACCAGGACUUCCUAAAAGCCGCUCCUCAGCCGCUCCGAGAUGCCGACCCUGAACAGCCCAAACGCCUGCACACGUUUGGAAACCCCUUCAAAUUGGACAAGAAGGGCAUGAUGAUCGAUGAGGCAGAUGAGUUUGUGACUGGUCCUCAGAAGCAGGGAAAACGCCCAGGAGACAGCAGUAACCUUCAAGGUGGAGGUCCCAAACGCAGACGCUGUAUGUCCCCUCUGCUCCGACUGGGACGAGCCUACACCCCUCCAGUCACUCCCCCCGCAAGCCCACGCCCCAACACAGAUUCGGAGAUGAGCGAUGGCCUUCCUGAAUCUGACAUUAUCAUAAACCAUUUGAAUGAGAAUCACUGCGGCUCAGACCAAAACUCAGACUCAGAAACAGACUCAAUAUGUGAAGAAAACCACAUAGAGGCUCUACACCCCACCAGGCAUAAGGUGGAGGAGGAGAACGGACAGCCCCAGAGUGGAGAGCUUUUAUCGGGCAGUGGAGGAGGGGCAGAGGUGGUUCAAUUGGAAGAUCAGCCGCCUCGAUACCUCUCUCCACAAACGCUGAAAAAACACAUCCACAGCGAAACUGCAAAGGUCAACAACGAACUCAGAGCUCUCAUCACCAAGGAGAUCAGGAAACCAGGGAGACACUACGACAAAAUUUUCCACUUCCUCAAACAGAUCCAGGGAACUCUAGAUACGCGGCUAAUAUUCCUACAAAACAUCAUCAAAGAAGCUGCCAGGUUUAAGAAGCGAGUUUUAAUUGAGCAGCUGGAAAACUUCUUGGAAGAAAUUCACAACAGAUCCAACAACAUGAACCAUGUGGACUCACUCUGAGACUGGCUCUGCCCAAAUCCAGAACUUUUGAGACCCCACAGAGACCAGACCAGACCAGACCAGGUCCAGACCAUAGACCAGACCACAAUCCAGACUAUCACCUGUUUAAUGUUAUCAAAUUUGGGGACUAGACCAGUGGUUCGUAACUUUUUGUACUGGGUACCUCAAAAAUCUGUUGGUGUUAUUGGACUGAAUCAUCAAGACUGGACUAACCUAGAACUAACUAAACCAGAGCUAAACCAAGUCCAAAAUAGGAAAACUUUUCCCAGACUGUUCAAACCAAACAAGGACAAAAUGAAGAUUAUAUUGACAGUGUUAUUUCUAAACCAGGAUUAAACAAAGUCUUAAAAAGUCCAUACAAUAGUACUCGAGGACAAUUCCAGGUUUUAUUGAUCCUGGUAUCACAGUUUGAGAACCACUGGUUUUGACACAAUUGACAAUGUUAUCCAGUCAGUUUUGGUUGAAAUUUGACCUGUGCAAGUAUCUCGUUAUUUUAAGCACUUGUUCAUUUUGCUACUGGUCUUUUAUGGGGUCAGAUAAUAAUAAUAAUAAUAAUUUAACAAAGAAUUAGAAGAAUUGAAUUGUUUGGGAACAAUUUUCAAAUGUUCAAGAUUGAAAUUUUUAGUUUUCUGUUUUCAGUCAAACUCAGGGUCAAAUAGGAUCCAAUGGACGAACACUACAUAAAUCCCCUCAUUUUUGGUCUUAAACUCUCUGUAUUUUAGUUUUGACAGAGAAGAAAUGCACUUUUACCACACUCCUUGAACUAAGCACUCCACUAAGAUUUCAAAAGGAAAAAAAUGCGUGAAUAUUGUGUAAAAUUGUCUUGAAAAUAUAAAUAAUACAUUUCUAUGGGAUGGUACAAUAUGGGUUGGUAUAGUUUGUUAACUUUAAAUUCAAUAUACUGGUACUCUGUCCGUAAUAGACAUAAACCUAUUUGAAGAGGUCAAGUUUUCAGAUAUUGGUUCUAAGCCUUUAUUUAAAAAUAUAAAAUGGGGCAAAUGUGCAGUAUAAAUUUGGGUUUAAAAAAAUAUAAGAAAAUUGUAAUGUCACUUUAAGAUUUUGCUAUAUUAGAAAAUUAAACAAAAUUUUUUUUAAAACUAUUGUUACACUUAGCACAUUUGUCAAAAACAGAAUAAUGUUUACUGAAUCAAUAUACAUUUAUAUAUUUGUAAAAAUAACAAAUAAUUGAAAUUUAUUGUCCAAAUAUGACAAUUCGAGGUCAUAGUUUGAUAUUAAACUGAAUUCACAAACCGACCCACAAAAUUCUGACCCGCAUUAAUGCACUGCAAAACUAAAUGUAAUGUUUAUUCUUCCAUUAUAUAUAAAAAAAAAUUUCUGCACUUUUAGAUUGAUAGUGAAAAAUAGUUUUUUGACAAUGAAAACAUAUCGUCUACAUAUCUUGCAUUGUGUAGCUGACCCAUAUUUUACCAUUCAGUCUAAGAAAUGGAUCAAUACAAAUACAUAAUAAUAAAAUAAUGAUAAUAAUAAUUUAAAAAAAAAUUAGUGAUGUCCAGAAAUAAAAACAGAAAUAUACAAUAUGCUGGAUCUUUGGCAGCGCAGGCUUUUCUGUAGAUUGAUACAAAGUUGUUAUGAAUGACUUUAUGCCAUUGAUUCAUAAGGAACCAAUAUUAUCGUCCAUUAAUAUUAGCAAUAAUUUAAAGCUAUUUCAACAGUGUCUUUUUGAACUACAAAACCACAUUGGAACACGCAAUUUGCUAAUUUUAUCCCUUAAGAAUUGAGUGAAUGUUUAAUUGUAUGCUAGCUUGUAGGGCUGCCGCGGUUGUUUGGUUAAUGCUGACUAGUCGACUAUAAACAAAAAAAAUAAUAAUAAUAACAGUCGUAUUUUGAUAACUGAAAUCAUUAUCUGGACUAUACAGACUCUAAAGUGCGUUCAAAAGACCUUUUAAUAACAGACUAGUCGACUACUAAAAUAAUCUUUAGCUGCAGCCCUAUUAGCGUGCUAAUUUCGGAUGCUACCUUUUUAAAGCUAACUAACUUUCUUCCUUUAUUUGGCAUUAGCGCACUUGUACAUUCAAAAAGCCAUGUUGUAAAAUCUAUACGUAGAAAGCAGAACUCAUUAACACAUGUCUUGGUAAGUUUUUCAUAUUUUUUCCCCAAAGAGCGCCCCCUAGAUUUUGGAGCGCUAUCAACAUAAUGGUUCCAGUUCAGUUUUGCUUCACCUUUUACUUUAAUUUCCCAGACAAGAUAUAUUGAAAAAUGGAUCUCGCAGUUGUUUUUGUGGAGAAAUGCAAAAUUAGAAUAUCGAGUACAAUAUCUAUAAUUACAACUUUUAAAAUGAUUACAAAAACAGACACAAUAUUUUUAUUCAUGUUUUUGUGAUUCCUGAACCUCAACCAAUACAUAUAAAGGCACAAUACACAUCGGCAUACAUUAAUUAAAAGUCUAUACACCUUAUCCAGAGUCUUCAUUAGAUCUUCAAAUUACCAAAAUAAACACAAUUUAUCAAUGCUAGCUGUCAUUUAAACUUGUUACAAACUGCUUCGCCUAGUGACCUCUGUUGGUGUUUUGUCUAGACGAUUUUCAUUUCUACUAAGGUUUUGAGGUAUUUUCUAGACCUCAUUUUAAAGGUGUCAGUGUAACUUUUCUGGUGAGACAUCUGUCACCUGCUUGUUUCCAUGGAGAUGUUAUUGCUUUCGCUGGGAAUGUUCUACAGUAUGGUGUUAAACUUUUCGAUCUUGCAUUUCUUCAAAUCUAGGUGGUGUUCUAGCUAAAAAAAAUACUUUUAAAACAUGCAGCAGGGUCACCUCUCCACAGAUCUGACUUGUAACUCAUCGUGGUUGUGUCAGCUGUUUGUCUCCAUGGAAAUAGAAAGUUUAAUGCCAUUUUGUGGAACAUUUCUAGGCAAAGCAAUGUGUGGAGACGAGCUGCUGGCAAUACCCUCUAUCUGAAAAGUUACACAUUGCAUCUCUAAGUUAGCUGGAAUAAACAGCCUGGUUACUUAAUAUUUUUGCACAACUGUUACUGAGUUCUGCUUGAGUUUUGAUUCUUGGUGGAAGUCGCCAUUUUUUUUCUCAGUUCUCCUUUCACUUACUACACAGACAGGGACCAAAAUCUGCCAUAUGUGUCGUGGGUUGUCGAGGCUACCAAAAGAGUAUUUUGAAUACACUGUAAAGAUGUAAAUAAGUCUAGAAUAACUAUUUAAGGAGGUGAAUGUUCGGAGGGAAUGGCCUUUUUGUAAGUAUUCCCAUGAAUAAAGUUUCUAUUUUACACUGUGAAGGGCCAUGUAAAUAAAGUGUUAAUGUUAAAA